CGUAAAGACGCAACCUGGCUUUUAUUUUGAGAGGCCAUCUCGCUUUAUGACCUUUAUUUUGGAAAGCGUCCAUCCCAUGUCGUUUCCUCCGCACGUCCUGAUAAACGCCUCUGUUAUGGUCUUGUAGGUUUAUUCUCUGCAUCAGGAUAAAAAAGAGAGACAUUAAAAUGAGUAAUCCACUGAGAGGUGAAGUUAUAAGAUUGUACAAAAAUCUUCUGUAUCUUGGGCGGGAAUAUCCAAAAGGCACUACAUACUUUAGGGAACGUCUGAAAGCAGCUUUCAUGAAAAACAAAGAUGUUACAGAUCCCGAGAAGAUCCAAAAGCUGGUUGACCGUGGAGAGUUUGUGAUCAAAGAACUCGAGGCGCUUUACUUCCUCAGGAAAUACAGAGCAAUGAAGAAACGCUACUAUGAACCAGAGCAUUAAUCAAUGUUUCCAUCACAUGUGCCAGACUGUACAGUAUACACGCCAGUGUUUAAAUCAUUUUCUGUACAUUUCUGAAUGUUUGUGUCUGAUGUGUUGCACUAUAACAGAUUUGGACUUAAACAUUUAUUUUUAUUACUUCUAAGUCCUUGUUAGAUUUCCAAUAUACAGUUAUUUGUAAUGACAAGUACAUAUGUAUGUAUAUAUAAAAACAUUUUAGUUUUAUUUGAAGUGAUGUUCUAAGCAGGUAUUUGUGUAGACAGCUCCACAUCACAGAAAGCAAAGUUGGUUUUUCCAAAGGAUUUGUCCAGCUCCUGCACCAGGUCAAACGUUCCUGCACUACCGGAUACCUUUUAGUGUAUUUUAAAAUAAUUGAAAAAAGUGAUGGGAAUAGCGUGAGUAUAUUUGUACAUGUAUAUUUGUAUAUAUGCCUGCAUUAAAGAUUAUACUCACCUGUG